GAAAAAUGAUGACAGUGAAUGAAGGAAUGAUCCUGCAUAUGAAAGUAGUGCAUGUGAAAUGCCAAAACUCAACAGUCUGAGUAUUUUCAUCCACCGUUGUGAUGUUCAUUUGUGUGUAUGUUGAGUUGCGUGAGGAGAUCUGUGUGUGAGGAUAAUCAACAUGACGCAGUGCUGGGCUCCACUCAUCGUUGUUUACCUGUCCAUCUACCUGGCAGCCACUCAGCACCACAGGAAAGCGCUGUAUCCAUCUGCAUAUAGGAUAAAGCGAGAGACAUAUUCGCUCCUCAACCCCACGUUCCAGCGUUCAGUGGAGGAUGUCAACCUGCUUUUUGAGAUCCUGCUAGCUGGAAUGCAGAUCCAAGGUGUGGAGAACACCAUGCUGAUCCCAGAUGAGGAGCUGGCCUCCCUGAGGAGCGUGGAGAAGCUAGAGGUCAUCUGUGACGACAUCGUCCCCAAGAGGCUCUCCGACAUUCGCCGUCUGACAGCAGAGCUCGCCCAGCGCCGGCAACCUCUGAGCCAACAGGAUUUUGAGAGGACGGUGCUGACCCUGGUGUACACUACUCAGACGCUGGCUCGAGUUAGCAACCAACAUCAAAGAGAGUCGUGGACGGACGCUGUGAUACAGCUGUUCAGAGCCAUUCAGAAGGACCUCAGACCCUCUUAAGUUGUUAUGUGUGUCUUACUUACCCUGCAUACUAAUUCUAUACAGUAUGGACUACAGUAUUGUUAUAGUAUACCAUUUUUGCAGUUAGUAUACAAGAAAGUGUGACAGACAAAUCAUCUCAAUCGAUAAACUCAAUGUCUAGUAACUCUUUCCAGAUCUUUCAACCACAUCUUGCAGUCUUCCUCAGCUGACGCACUAGCUAAAACAGCUGAGUUGCUGAGUUUUCAUAUAUCACAUAUGCUGUGGAAAAAAAGCUAGGAAGCGGCCCUUUUAGAUAUGAUUUUUUGGGGGGUUUUUUGCCGGUCAAACAGUUUCCUAGGUCGAAAAUGAACUUUUAAACUGAAGAAAUCAAUGCACUUUACUGUGUUGUACCAACAGGAAAUAUUACGAUACAAUAGUUUGCUGUCUUCGCUUUCUGUGCUCUUCUAGAAACUGUCUCACCACUAUCCAGCAUCUGCUUCAUUACUUCUGUGAAAUCCUUUGUGGGACGAUGGGUAGCACCCUCAAAAAUCAAGCAAAUUCAGCAUCUGUUCAAACACCUAAACCUGCAGUCUUGAGCACUCAAGUGCAUGUUUACACACCUCCGAGUGGUAGACAAUGUUUCCCAUCUGUGAAAAACACACAAUAAAACUUAGCCGAGACUUGAUGCCACAUAAAAAAAAAAGCUCCUUUUCUAAAGAUUUCAUCACAGAAACAUUUUGCCCAGUUUUACGCUGGAGGUGUGUAAGAGAGAGGGGUAUGACCUGCAACAAAGGUCCCUGGCUAGAAUCAAAUUGAGGACGUUGUGCCUUAGGACCACUCGACCACAAGGACACCCUGAUUUAAUUGCUUUAUCAACUAUAUUACUUCUCUCUGCUCAUAAAUUCUUUUUCGCUCUCAUCCGAUUAUGACUGUAAUAUAUUAUGUGUGAUCCUACUUAUUGGUUCAUUAUGUGAAAAUUAAAUAAAAGCAGCAAAGCGUC